AGCGAGUGUAGCGACGCAGGGAGAACGACGCUCGUGUGUUGUGGUCGUCACAGGAGGCGUCAGACGGCAUAACCCGACCCCAGAUCAAAUGGAUUUGAUGGAGGAGUUUCUGGAUCGCUUCAAAGCCAAGAGUGGAGCAGAGGUGCUCUGGCUGAAGGAGGUGUUCAGUUUGGUCAGGGAUCAGCUGUGUCCGGUGCUGUCUGAGCUGUAUGGAGUGAACACCGACUCUGCAGCCGCCGCCAUUACAGAGAUAGGGAACCCAGCACCUCAGCUGCACACCGAUGGACUUGAGCUGUCCAGAGUGAGUCCGGUCACACUCAGUGUGUGUGUGGUGAGAAGAAUAGAAGAGGCCAUGGGAGCGAGUGCCACACACACCCUGCCUCUCAGCUACAGGCUGGUGUCUGUCUCUGAGCUGAUUGACAGGCAGCAUGUAGCCUGCGUUAGCAACCUUUCGUGGAGCACCAAUCAGCACAAAGCAUGGGCAAGAGAGGCGGAGCAAAUCCUGCCCAAUCACAAGGCCCUGCCUCGAGUAAACCUGCUGCUCAUUGGUUGUCUGAAAGUAGGCCCCGCUGGAGAGUGGCUGUUGACAGAUGCUAGUGGGCGUGUGACCUGUGAGUGUGCAUCUCCCUCUCCUCUGUGGUUGAAUCAAGCACUGUUCUUCCCUCAUUGGAACUACAUCCCGCAAAAUGCACCAGGGGACAAUCAGGAAGAGAAAAGGGGCUACCUGGAGCUGAUUGGCUGUCCUCUGCCGCUGCAUCUGAGUCCUGAACAGAGACUGGCUGCUGGUCCUGGAUGGGUGGAACUUCCAGGCGCAGUUGGUCUCAAAGAGGCUUCUGUACAUCUACAUGUGCACAACAGGCGUCGCGGUGUCCGACUGACGGUCAGAGGUUCAGUGUGUUCAGUUGGCCCCCUGUUGGUCAUCGCCGGUACUACCUUCUUCUGCCUCAGACUCACAGACGACACACACACUCUGCCUGUCCUUGUCAAGGAGCCCACUUGUUUAUGGUGGAGGGAGUGUGUGUGUGUGGACCAGUGUGUGUGUCUGACGUUGCUGCGUGUGUGUGUGCUGCAGGGAUGGAGAGGAAACAGUCUUCUGUGUGCCACCAGUCAGUCCAAGCUUUAUACACUACCACCUGACACAAACACACUAACACACACACCAACACUCACCACGCAACAAUCACACACAACAACACUCACCACACAAACAACACACACCACACAACCAACACACACACCAACACUCACCACGCAACCAACACACACCACACAACCAACACACACACCAACACUCACCACACAACAAUCACACACACCAACACACACCACACAAACAACACACAUACCAAUACUCACCAUGCAACAAUCACAUACACCAACACAUGCCACGCAACCAACACACAAAUCAACACAUACACCAACACACACAACACAACCAGCACACACCAUGCAAUUAACAGACACACAGAAGUCAUGUGAUGAGGAGAGCUCGGAAGAGGUGGGGCUAGAGAGUGCUGUUGUCCAAUCAGCUGUCAGGAUUAAACAGUCUAAAGUCAUCAGUUACCAGGGUGUUGUGACAGAGGUGCUGAGUGAGGGGGCGGGACUGUACACAAUUGAUGGAAAGGUUGGUCUGUGUUUAGCCUAUCAGCCAUCUUUGAGGAGGAAGCUACGGUCUGGUGACACAGUAGAGCUUCAUGACGUCCACUUCCUGUAUGGGCCCUGUCCAGACCUGACUCCCAGCAUGCUUUGUGCUUGUCUGCGUACCACUCUGAGAGUCAAGUCCUUCAGUAAGGUCAUGGGGUCAGGGGUCAAAUACAGCAGUGAUGCAGCGCUGCCAGGGUUGCUACUAGAGAAGAAUGUGGGUGUGUCCAGAUACCUGUGGAUGAGUCAUGUGACUGCAAAGCUCAGACAGAGCUUGGUGCCCAGUCUGCUGAAGGAGGAGUGUGUUUGUGAGGUGGUGUGGAGGUUACAGCAGUGUCUGUGGACAGAAAGAGGAAGAGGAGGGAGGAGAGACAUCUACACCGAGAUGCUGGAGGAGACACACCGCUGUCCUCUGAUGCUGUACCAUGUGGAUCCAGCAGUGUGUGAAUGUGUUGGUGUCAGGGAGUGUGUGCAUGUCCUCCAUGCUGAGUGCUGGUUUGGUGUGUCUCUGUGCUCUCUGCUGCCUCCUGCUGGAAGCAGCCUGACUCAGCACCAGCUCAACCUGGAACUCUCCUGGACCUUCAGAACCUCCAGAACCACAGCUCACUGCACCGGGCCCGACCUGCCACAUGUCAACACACACAGGCAGCGCCCCCUAGUGUUGGUUGGUGUACUGGAGCUCCCCUCAAACACCCCGACACAUGUACUUACACACACCUCAGAACACUCACUCCAGCUGAGAGACCAGACAGCAGUGGUGGCGUGUGUUGUCACGGAAACCAGUGAGGAUGUGGAGGGAGGUCAGAGAGCAGUCUUCAACACCGCCUGGAUUGGUUGUCUUGUGUGUGUUCAGCAGUUCACGUUGGUGACAGAGAGGUUUCUCCAGUCAGAUUUCCCUUCCUUCAAAUACCUGGAACAGGACAAAUACAUCACACAAACACACCACAGAGUUUAUCUUCAGUUUGGUCUGAACGAUGUUCACAUCCUGCGUCCCUCUGUUGCCAUGGUUACAUGUCUGCGUGAGCGAGAGAAGGAGGAGAGAGGGGAGGAGCCUUCCUAUCCUUCCAGGAAGAAAAGAAAGAUGGAGAGAAAAGAAGAAAGAGAGGAGGAGAAAAGAGACUUCUCUCAUUCUGACAUUUCUGUUGCUACCACAGUCGGGUUUUCAGGCAAAGAGUCCCGCCCUUGUGUCUCCAUGGUGAUUAGGGUGGAGCAGAAAGAAGGUGUGGCCUGGAGGAACACCGAGAUUGGCCUAAGAGGAGUGGAGGCAGGGCUUUCAAAGUCUUUUUUGGUCAGAGCCGAUGUGAUUGGUCCAGUGGUGAAAUGGGGGUCGGACCCCAAGAACAGCCUGGUUCUGGAGAGUGAGGUCGAUGGAAAGAGGAAGGACAAGAUAGACUUGGUGUUUGUUGGUUCAGCUGUUCGCUGGUUUCCUGUUCUUCAGCCUGGUUGUUUCUACAGACUCAUCUCUCCUAACACACAGGAUUCCAGCUCUCUGAUUGGCUGUGAUGUUUCAAAGCAAAGUGGGGUGGAGCUUUACACAAACCCUUCCCUUCAGGUCUGCUCCGAUUGGAAGUUCCACACUCUGACACACCCACUUCUACUGCCGUUCUGCAAAGAGGCUGUCUGUCCCACGGUGAUGUCUAUAUCUGAAGUCGUGGAUUGCAGUUCAGCAGAUGUGUUGUGCUUUUGGGGUUUGGUGUCACAUAGGAUCAAUCUACAGAAAAACAGAACCAACACUGGAUUCACACGCGCAGGUGUGGAGGAGGGUCUUAAUGUGCGUCUGACUGUGUGUGACCAAACUGGUAGCAGCCUACAGGUUUACCUGGAUUUAAGCCACACCCCUUACCCACCUGGCCUGUUGCCUGGUAACACUCUGCUUUUCUCAGCAUUCCAACGUAAGCUGUCCAGGUCAGGGGGUGUGUACUGCUGCUCACUGCCCAUCAGCUGUGUAACCGUCACCAUGCGGGGAGAUACCUGUUCCAGCCCGCCUGUUGCCCCCAUAGUGCACCUGGGCUCUUGGGCACUGGACAGGAGGAAGAGAUGCAUUGUGGGUCGGGUCAGAGGUCAUGUGGUGUGUGUCCUCUCCUUGCAACUGCAAUGGACCUGCUCAGUGUGUGGCAGCAUCUACAAACAGUCUCAUUGUUCCAGCUCUCCUCAGUGUAGCUCGACCUCUUCCAUCUUCCAGGCUCAAGCUAAGUUGGUAGUAGAGGAUGCUACAGGUGAAGCUCAUGUUUGGAUGUCUACUCCCCUGGUUCGUCCUCUGUUACAUUUGGCUGAUUCUCAGUGGGAGGGGUUACAGAGAGCUCUGAGGGUCAGAGGUCAUGUCCGUGUUUAUUCACGGGGGCAGAGUCUGGUGUCUGACUUGCCCUCGGAGGACCCUCUCCUUCAGUACCUGCUGUGUUUGUGUAACAGUAAUUCUGUGUGUCGCGCCAUCGCUCUCACCUGUCAGACACACACACGGCAGCAAACAUCAGGUGAGGAACUUCGGAGGUUCAGCCGAGGAGAGACAGACUUUAUGACACGCAUGGUUCCUCCUCUACAGCUCAUCUGUACUCAUCUGGACACAGACUGAGAACAUCUCAUCCAUUCCACUACUGUUUCACAGUGAAACAGUGUUACAGUGUCACACUGGUACAGUGUCACACUAUUACACUGUUAGUGUCACACUGUUACACUGCAACACUGGUACGGUGUUACAGUGAAACAGCGUUACAGUGUCACACUGGUACAGUGUCACACUAUUACACUGUCAGUGUCACGCUGUUACACCGUAACACUGGUACAGUGUCACACUGUUACACUGUAACACUGUCAGUGUUACAAUCCACUGUCACUGAAAAGGGGUUCUGCUGUGUUUGGAAAAUAAGUACCUGCUUGCUGAAGCCGAGUGCUGCUCAUUAGUUUUAAACAGUGAGGACAUGAAUAAAUACUUCUUUAU